AGCAAACAAAAUCAUCAGCGGUUCGUCCAGUGUUCACAGCACAAAAGGUUACCACCGGCCAGGAAAAAUAAUAUCAGGUCGGAGUCGCCUUAAUAGAUGUCUGAAACGCCCGUGGCACGGCGGGAACCUCCCACAUCUCAAAGGAUAUUAUACGUCGAAUCGGCAAACAGCCAGCAUACUCACCGGCUACAGCCUCGACUGGCAGAAGAUGAUAGCCCUCCUUGUCAGACACAGGAACUCCCACGGUUUCUCUAUCCUGACAACCAGGGAUAUGACCCUACAAUGGUCUCCAAACCAACAAGUUAUGGCUUUCUAUCCCAUAAAAGCCCUCAUGACGGUGUGACGGAUUCGAGAUAUGGGAUUUCCUCCGGCAGCACUGUUUCUUUGGCAUCACAAGCAGCGGUCCAGCGUGCAAACCCGACAGUCAGCCAGCCAUAUAUCGCAAAUUCCAUGGGCUACCGUGGCUACCCUGCUGCUUUCAAUGAAGCCUCAAACUCUUCAUUCACCUUUACAGAUCCUGGAAGAAGUGGUGACGCGGGGAAUUCUGAUCGGCGGACGCAGGAUGUGGACUCUCAGAGCGUCAAAAAUUUCCCUAGUCCCUCUUAUUCUGACCUGAGCAACACGACCUAUUCCGGCAGCGUGACGUUGUCGAAACCGCCGCAACCACCUGUCAACCACGGUGUUCCUCAGGGGUUUGAUAAGAUCCUCCAUCACAAUGCAGAUAUAUCGCCGGUUCGCCAGACACAGGCCUCUCCAUCAAGUCGCUAUCAUCUUCACGUACGACAGCAUCCAUCCGGAGCGCGAGCUUGCGGAGCGGGCGACAGGGACCGCCGCUCGGUCGACCCGCCUCCUAUUGUUCAAAUGCUCCUGACAGACUUCGACCCUUCUCUGCCGGACGACUGGGAUAUUCUCCAGGAUCCCCGCUUCACUGUGGGCUGUCUCUUGUAUCCUGUAAUGGACCCUUCCUCACCACGGAAUGGCGACACCGAGAUGGCCAGUUGGGGCAGGUCGCCCGUGGGCAGUGUCGACACUUCUCGGUCGGAGGACAACGAUUCCCAGGGCCAAUCCAGCCAGCUGCUUUCGGGGAAAGCAUUUGUCUCCCCGUUCUUUGUCGACGACGAUCCUGAUCCCAGCACAGCACCAGCCCACCCGUCCAGCUAUGCACAACCACCGCAUGCAAUGUCUGCCGCCGCAGCCGCAGGACCUUUGUUUGGCAACAACGCCAAACAGCCCGCAACUUUCUUCAUCUUUUCCGAUCUCUCCGUCCGCACAGCAGGCCUCUACAAGCUCCAGUUCCGGCUCAUGAACUGGGGUAAUGUAGAAGAUACAGGCCAGUCGAUGCCCAUUCUGGCAGAGACGUGGUCGAACCCCUUCCGUGUGUACCCAGCCAAGGAUUUUCCGGGCAUGCAGGACUCAUCCGUGCUGGCCGAGGGGCUCAAAGAACUUGGGUUCGUGGAGCUGAAAACUAGGGGGAAGGGCAAGGGCAAGGGGAGGAGACGGUGAGGACAAGCCAUACUUACAUUUCUUGAG